CGUUAUCAUCUCUUUCCUUCCAUCUUUCCAUUCAAAGCCGUGCCGUACCGGGCCACCCCGUCCCUUCCCAAAUCCCUAAUCCCCAAAUCUUCCAUUCUUCUGGAAUCUCCAAUCCCAUCACACCAAUUCCCUCGCCGGCGUUAGGGUUUCUCAUUCUCCGAUGGCGAUCUUGCUGGAGGACCUCCUUCGAUCCGUUGAACUGUGGUUGAAUCUGAUCAAGAAGCCCCAAUCGCAACCCAACGUGAACCCUAACCUCGACCCUGUGUUGUUGGUUCCUGGCAUUGGUGGUUCCAUUUUGAACGCCGUCAACGACACCGAUGGUAGCCAGGAACGUGUUUGGGUUAGCUUCCUCUCCGCUGAGUACAAGUUGAAGACCAAGCUUUGGUCACGCUAUGAUCCUUCUACUGGGAAAACCGUCUCCUUGGACACAGAUUCAACAAUUAGGGUUCCUGAAGAUAGGCAUGGUCUCUAUGCUAUAGACAUUUUGGACCCGGACUUGAUAAUUGGAGGCGAGUCUGUGUAUUAUUUCCAUGACCUGAUCAUGGAAAUGCGAAAAUGGGGGUUUGAAGAGGGAAAAACACUAUUUGGCUUUGGAUAUGAUUUUCGACAGAGCAACAGGUUGCAGGAAACAAUGGAUCGGUUUGCAGCAAAAUUAGAAUUAAUUUAUAACGCGGCAGGAGGGAAAAAGAUAAACCUCAUAAGUCAUUCCAUGGGUGGUCUUUUGGUCAAAUGUUUCAUGUGCCUGCAAAGUGAUGUUUUUGAGAAAUAUGUUAAGAACUGGAUUGCGAUUGCUGCACCAUUCCAGGGUGCACCUGGAUGUGUAAAUUCUACCUUUUUGAAUGGAAUGUCAUUUGUGGAGGGAUGGGAGCAAAAGUUUUUUAUUUCCAAAUGGAGCAUGCACCAACUGUUAAUAGAAUGUCCAUCAAUAUAUGAACUGAAGGGUUGUCCUGAUUUUCAAUGGCAAAACCCUCCUCUUCUGGAACUGUGGCGUGAGAGACAUCAUUCUGAUGGGAAAUCUCAUGUUAUUCUGGAGUCAUAUCCGCCUCGUGAGAGCAUUGAGAUUUUUGAGCACGCUCUUCUAAAUAACACAGUUAAUCAUGAUGGUGAGGAAAUUCCCCUACCUUUCAACUCAGAGAUCAUGAAUUGGGCAUACAAAACAUGGGAUAUUCUGUCUUCUGCCAAACUUCCCUCAAAUGUUAAAUUUUACAAUAUUUAUGGGACCAAUCUUGAGACGGCUCACAGUGUUUGCUAUGGAAGUGCGAGCAACCCUGUCUCAGAUCUGCAACAGCUACGUUAUUCCCAGGCCAAAUACGUCUGUGUUGAUGGCGAUGGAACGGUUCCAGUGGAGUCAGCCAAGGCUGAUGGGCUCGAUGCGGUGGCAAGGGUUGGAAUCCCGGGUGAACAUCGGGGAAUCCUUUGUGAACCUCAUUUAUUCCGGAUUCUCAAGCACUGGAUUAAGGCCGGAGAUCCCGAUCCCUUUUACAAUCCCCUCAAUGAUUAUGUGAUUCUGCCUACUGCUUUUGAAGUGGAGAGACAUCAAGAGAAGGGUCUUGAAGUAAUAUCCCUUAGAGAUGAAUGGGAAAUUAUUUCCAAAGACCAAGAUGCCCAGGGAAAUACUGCGGACGAAAUGUCCUUGAGUUCCAUAUCGGUUUCGCAUGAAGGAACCAAUAAUCAAUCUUGGUCUGAGGCUCAUGCUACUGUCACUGUUCACCACGGUAAUGAGGGUAAGCAGCAUGUUCAUUUGAAUGCCUUGGCUGUUUCAGUUGAUGCUUCAUGAAUGUCGAGGCCUGGAUGGCAAUACUUCCUGUAUAGUUUGAUUAUGGUUGUCAUCUCUUGUAUAUAAGGAUAUUCGCUGGGUGAUGAUGAUGCCGAAUUCCUCGAUGUUUUAUGCAUGUAUCAUUUAUGUAAAAAGAAUAUCAUCUAUCUGACAUUCCUAAUUGUUCAUAUUGGCGUGGAGUAAACAGCCAUUUUGGUC